GUGAAUCUGCGAACAAAUGUAAAACGGAAGGAAAGGUCAGACGUCUUCACAUCGCCGCAGCUCAAUUUUGAAAUAGAGGAAACGUUUACUGUGGAAGCAUCAGAAAUCUCCAAGUUUGACAGGAAGGGUUGCUCAUGGAUGAAGAAGAGCACAAUCACAUACAACUCGAACGCAAUUCGGACGGCAGCUCGAAGGAAGGAGCGAAAGGCGAGGAUGACGAGGAGGAACUCGAGGCCGUGGAACUUAUCCUCUUCCACGUCAAAGAGUGCUACGUCUAUGUGAUACCGCCGAGAAAGACUGCUGCGUCUUAUAGGUGGGCGUCUUCGACAUGCGUUUAUUGGUGUAGGCUUCCGAGAAAGACCACAGGCUUAUGACUUCCAAGCUGCACUCCAUGAUCAUAUGAAAUAUCUAAAUAAAAAACAAACUGCUGAAGAGAUGGAGCAACUCUACCAAGCAAAAUCCUCAGUUGAUUAUAGUCUAAAAGAAGGACAAACUCUUUUUCUUCAGAUCAAGAAUAAAGGAAGUAGUGGCGCGAAGUCAGCACUAUUUGAACGCUUUAACAAGGUUUCACUAGAAGACAAACCGACCGUGAAAGAAGGAGGCUUGACAUACCUUAAGCCGCCGCCGGCACCUCCCUCGCCUAUUAGUCCAGUCGAGAGAUCAUCACUUAGCUCACCAGCAUCUUAUUCCAAUCGUACUAGCACCAGUAAUGAAAGUGAAAAAAUCCAAUUUUUGGUAGCAGAGAAUCCCCCCAAAGAUCCCCAUGCUGUCACUGAUGCAGGUCCUCAAAGUACAGCUGAAGAUGAUUUUGGAGAUUUUCAGGCCGCUGGGUAACAUACUUGACGUUUUCCAUUGCUUCUUAAUGGUCGUUUCCUGUGUUUUAGGUAUGCAUUUUUUAUUAUUUAUGAAUUGGUUGAUGUGCUCUUAUGUACAUUUGAAUUAUUAAUGCUUUAUUACGUGUCUCAGACAUGGAAAACAUUUUAUUCAUGGAAUUUCUGCAGAGAAGUUAUUCUUUUAGAAAGGAUGCAUCCCCAUACAUGAUGUGUUG